AUCACAUUCAGGAAUCAGAUGCAACAAUACUCUCUUACAUAAGCCUGGAUUCAUAAACAGCUCACAGGCCCAAAAAAAAUUCUUCGGGGAAGGCUCACUGUCAGGAUUCAGGUCCAGAGAGAAGGUUGAACUACUUGAGGGUCUCAUCUCAGGGAGGAGAAUGAUAAAACAGGUGGUGAUUGGGAUUGUGUGCGGUGCUGUCAUGCUCGCCGUAGGUAUCCUUAUUGGCCACUUUGGUACUGGCAAGCGUGGCACCGCUGCGCCAUCGUGGGUGAAAGAUGUGGCGCGGGAUGUGGAUGAGAGCCUCGUUGAGAAGUUCUUGUCUGAGGUGGACAACACCCAGAUUGAGAACAACCUGAGGGAGCUGACAAAAGUGCCCCAUAUGGCCACCACGUCUGGAGAUGAGGAGACAGUGAAGUUAAUGCUUAAGAGAUGGCAGGACCCUGAAAGCGGUCUGGACAAGGCCUGGAGAGAGGAGUACUGGGUCUACCUGUCCUUCCCAGACCCAGAGAAGCCUAAUAAGGUCACUGUAGUGAGCCCAUCCGAUACGGUGCUGCACACUGUGAGAGAAAAAGAGAAGCCUUACACUCCGGACCAAGUGGAUCCUGAGGUGGUUCAGCCAUACGCGGCGUACUCCCCAGCAGGACACGCGAAGGGGAAAUUAGUUUAUGCCAAUCAGGGGAAGCCAAGCGACUACAGCGAACUGAACCGCACUAUGGAUCUCAGUGGAACCAUUGCCAUCACCAAAUACGGUGGAGUAGGAAGAGCAGAUAAAGCCAUCAAUGGAGCACCGUAUGGUGUCGCUGGUGUGCUUGUGUACACAGAUCCUUUGGACAUGAAUGAUGGUCUCAUGUCAGACAUCAAUGAGACAUAUCCUUACUCCUGGUACUUGCCGCCUUCUGGUGUGGAAAGAGGUUCCUUCAAAAGUCAGUUUGGAGACAUGCUCACACCUUACCUGGCUGCCAAAGAGGAAACCUACAGAAUCCCACCCUCAGAUAUUAAAGGCCUCCCUCCUAUUCCAAUUCAACCAAUCGGAUAUGAGGACGCCUACAAAUUAAUCUGUGAGUUGGAUGGAGAUCCUGCUCCACCUUCAUGGCAGGGAGGAUUCAACUGUACCUACAAUUAUGGCGGUCCAGGGUUCAAAAGUACAUCCAGUUUCAAUAACAGUGAGGUGGAACUGGACAUCUACAACCGUGAAGAGGUGAAACCCUCCUCUAAUGUCAUGGGUUUUAUCAGAGGAAGUGUGGAGCCAGACAGGUAUGUGAUAUAUGGCAACCACAGGGACAGCUGGGUUCAUGGUGCCAUAGACCCAAGCAGCGGCACGUCAGUCAUGCUGGAAAUUACCAGGGUGCUGGGCAAGAUGGUCAAGCAGGGCACUUGGAGGCCUCGUAGGUCCAUUAUUUUUGGAAGCUGGGGAGCUGAGGAGUUUGGCCUUAUUGGAUCUACAGAAUACACAGAGCAAUACUUUACAGCACUCAGUGAACGCAGUGUCGCUUACAUAAAUGUGGACAUCGCUGUCUUUGCCAAUGCCACUCUUGGGGCUUCAGGGAUGCCAUCAGUGCAGAAUAUCAUCUUCAAAGCUGCAAAACAGGUCAAUGCGCCUGGCCGGGAUGUGUCUGUGUAUGAAAACUGGUUACAUUAUACAAACAAAACCAGCCCAACCCAUGGAUUAAUUCCCAGGAUGGGAUAUCUGACAGGAGCAGGGAGUGAUUAUGCUCCCUUCAGCCAUUACCUGGGAAUCACGUCCAUGGACAUUUCAUACACAUAUGACAAGAGUAAAACAAAUGCUCGGAUUUACCCUGCAUACCACACAGCAUAUGAUACUUUUGACUACGCCUCAAAGUACAUCGAUCCCGGCUUUGUCAGUCAUCAAGCUGUUGCCAGGACAGCAGGAAAUGUCCUGAUCCGAUUGGCUGACAGCCUGGUGUUGCCAUUAAACUGCACUGACUACGCUGACAGCCUGGAGGAAUACCUCAAAACUGCCGUGAACCUAUACGAGGAGAAACUUAAAGCUGUGAACAUCUCAAUGGAACCCCUAAAACAUGCAGUGACCAGUUUUCGUGCUGCCGUUUUGGCUUUGGAGAAGGUGAUUCAAAGUUCAGACCUGGCAAAUGAAAUGCCGCUUAAAGUGAGAUGGAUCAAUGACCAACUCAUGCUGCUGGACCGAGCUUUCUUGGACCCUCUGGCUUUCCCAGAUAAAUAUGCAUACAGGCAUGUUAUCUGGGCCUCGAGUAGUGCUGGCAAAUCAACCUUCCCGGGCCUAGCUGAUGCCUUUGCCAACGCUGAGUCAUCAGAACAGGCCAGUGACUGGGACAAAGUUCACUACCACCUGUCAGUAUUAAGCCAAGCCAUACUGCGUGCCGCCAGCACACUGACUGAUGACAUGCAGAUGUAAGCUGGGAGCAAGGAGCUGCACUACCUCGGGAAUUUAAUCAAAGACAACGAUUUGCAGUCAGCAAGCCAAUAAAAAGAGACUACGUAUGAAUGAUACUACAUAAGGGGAUUUGGAAACCAUGCAACAAAGCUCAUCAGUAAAAAGCAAAUGAUAUCGUCUAUUUUUCUUAAGUGGAUGAAAAUAUUUUCAUGCACAUCGUUAAUAAAGGUAAUUCACAAAAGAUUAACCACACCAGCUGUUCUUAAUAGGGCUUGGUUUUGUUUUUGAUUGUGGGUGUCCUCUGUGGGACACGACUGAACAACAAUAAGUAUAUAAAGAAUUCAAAUUUGUUUUUAAUUUUUCCCAUUCUGGUCAUAAAGGCAAAGAUGGCUUUGAUUUCUUUUAUUUUUAGUAAUGUUCAAUUUAGUGCCAUUUGUAUUUUGUCAGUUUAUAUUUAUUUGUGAACGUCAAGACUACUACUGAUAGAAAUUUAGGUCUUGUCCCUAAGUUUGGACACAUCUAAACAAGUUUUUCAAUGUUUCUAAUAUGAUAGAAUUUAAUUUUAAAGAACAUUUGACAUUUUAUUUGCUUUUGGGAAAGAAUUUUUGGGUCUUAAGCAUAUGGUGACAUUUUUUCCCCCCUCAUACAAAUUUUCAGCAAUGUUUUCACAACAAUAAUAACUGAAUAUAUGUAAUCAGCAUGUGCCAACACUUUAUCAUUUGUAAGAGGUUGUACCCCUGAGCUGCUUGACUGUCUCAUAAUUAGGAAAAGCAGUUAAGCACCAAUAAAUGGAUUUAAAAAAAAAAAAAAAACCCACACAUAAUCCACUGGAGGUAUUGGAUGGUGUGCUGGCGUAUGGA